CAGUCUCAGUCGUCGGCCGGCGGUACUUACUCGUACUUUCAAUUGGAAUUGCCCCGCCCCACUGGCCCAUUACGCAGUUCCCGAUAUAAAAGCGUCAACGCGUCUUGGCCGGCGUUUCUUUUACCACAACAAUGCCGAGAAGUGCGCUCAUCGUUCCCAGUUUUAUUUGUCUUUGGCUCGCCCUGGCCCUGGCCUUGGCCCAGGGCGCCACUUUGGAGGCGGGAAAGAAGGUGGAAACGGUGACGGAAUCACUAGCCACAAGAAAGGUGCUUCUUCGUGGACGGCCUCCAGUGCCGCCCUCGCCGAGAUGGGGCGCCAACAUGCAAAUGCUGCGCCGGCAUAACAGUCCCGCCUUCAACUUUUGGACAGAGGAGAGCGAUACGAAUAUCUGGGAGCACUGCGGACUCUUCGAAGGCGACAUCAUGCUGCAUCGGGAACUUUUAAGGAAUGGAUUGCUCAACGAACGUCUCACUUGGCCAGAAGCCUCCGUGCCCUUCUACAUAGACCCUCAGGAUUUCACCACCAACCAGACCAUGGUGAUACUGAAGGCCUUCAAGGAGUACCAUGACCGCACUUGCAUCCGCUUCCGGCCGUACGAGCAAGGCGACAAGCACUGGCUUCUCAUCAAGGGCAACUACUCCGGCUGCUGGUCCAGCGUUGGCAGGCGUUCUGGUGGCCAAGUGCUUAACUUAAACACGCCCAAGUGCGUAACCCACGGGGUGGUAGUUCACGAACUUCUACAUGCUCUUGGCUUUUAUCAUCAACAAAGCGCCACGGAGCGAGAUGAGUAUGUGAAGAUCAACUGGGAGAACAUCCUUGAUGGGCAUGCACAUAACUUUAACAAGUACGCCCGUACCCAUAUCACCAACUUCGGCGUGGAGUAUGACUACCAGAGCGUCAUGCACUAUAGCUCCCGGGCGUUUAGCAAGAACGGCAAGGCAACCAUAGAGCCACUGGAUCCGUACGCCUCGCUAGGCCAGAGACGCGGCCUCUCCGACAAGGAUGUGUCCAAGUUAAACGAGAUGUAUGAACAGGACUGCAGCGAGGAUUACCUACUCAAUUUCGAUCGCUUUGGGAACUACAUCGACGAGCUGCUCGACUACUUUCAGGGCAACAUUCAGGAUCUGCUCGGAUAGAGACGCCUGAGCCCAAUAAAAGAAAGUGCCGGCUAGGUGACGAAAAAA